AAAAACAUUUAGCCAUGUCAGUUAUUCAUUUAGAUAUUUUCAUAAAAUAAUCAAGAAUUAACAAGAAUUCCCUGUCAACCCUGUCUUUUGGGUAACCACCCUAUAAUGAAAGUGACAUAUGACAUUAGUGACAUCACAACAUUCACACUGUCUUCUUUUUAAGGGACUAAUGACAUUUGCUGCAUGUUCAGCAAUAAAUCAUAUUAAUUUCUCUUAAUAUUUCUCAUAUAUCUCCAUAUUUAGGUGAUGUAAAGCUUAAGUUCUCAGCCCUGUUAUGGUAAAAUAUCAGGGUAAUUAAAAUGAUUUUAGAUAAUCAAAGUCUGCUUGUAAUUACAUGUGGAACAAUGCAUGCUAUUGAAAAGAUAUUCAAAAAUAUGAUUUUUUUUUGUAGUCUGAAGUCUUACACAUGUGAUAGGCAAAGAAUUCUAAAUCUUUAGUUUUUCUUUUUUAGGUUUUGAGGGCCAAAAAACACAGUACGUUGAUAAGUAAUUUGCCUGCUGGAAAGAGUAAUAAGGCUCUGUUAAAUGUAUCACCCCCCGCUGUCAGACAGUGUUACAUGUUUUUACUGGAGCUGGGUUAAAUUUAUAACCACCAAAACCAGGGCAAAGUACCACAGGUCAAACAGCACGCCCCCCGGUUCUCUCUGUAAAACACUCACCACUGAACUCAAACCCUACACACUCUGCCUAGUACCUGCCAUGGCUCUGGGGUGGUCUGUGUUGGUGUCUGUCUGGACUGGGAUGAAUUUUCAGGCUCUGCUUAUGUUUGUUCUGGUAUUCCUGGUACUUUUGGACUAUGUGAAAAACCGCAGGCCCAAAACAUUCCCACCAGCGCCCCCUGGCCUGCCUUUCCUGGGCAAUCUCUUUACCAUCAACUUUAAAAAGGCUCACAUUGACCUGACCCAGCUUUCUGUGCACUAUGGUAAUGUGUACAGUCUGCGGACAGCCCAAUCGUGGGUAGUGAUCCUGAAUGGAUACGAAACAAUAAAGGAGGCUCUUACUGUUCAAGGCGAGAACCUGGCAGACCGGCCUGAUUCAGUUAUCCGCACUGAAGUGUGCCAAAAUCUGGGGUUGAUACGUGCUAAUGGCUACUCAUGGAAGCAGCAGAGACGCUUCGCUCUUUCCACUCUCAAGUAUUUUGGAGUUGGGAAGAAGUCCCUUGAGGGAGCCAUCUUGGAUGAGUUCACAUACUUAGCCAGAGACCUCUCUGACAAGAAUGGUAAAGCCUUUGAUCCACAUCUGAUCACAAACUAUGCCAUAUCUAACAUCAUCUGCUCUCUGGUGUUCGGCCAUCGCUUCAAGUACGCUGACCAAAGAUUCAGAAAGAUGAUGCAGCUGUUCAGAGAGGCCCUGGAGCUCGAAGCUUCCAUCUGGGCUGAGUUGUAUAACUCCUUUCCGGUGGUGAUGGGGCUGCUGCCGGGGCCUCACCAGGAGGUUCUGAAGAACUGGGAGGUGGUGAAGGCCUUUGUGAGGACGGAGAUCGAGCAGCACAAGAAGGACAGAGACCCUAACGAGAACAGAGAUUACAUAGACUGCUACCUGACUGAGAUGGAGAAGAAUAAAGCAGAUGUGGCUGCAGGGUUUCAUGAGGAGAAUCUGGUCAUGUGUGCUGUUGAUCUGUUUGUGGCUGGAUCUGAAACGACCUCCACCACACUGCGCUGGGGCUUCCUCUACAUGGCCAAGUACCCAGAGGUGCAGGAAAAGGUUCAGGAGGAGAUAGACAGGGUGAUUGGUCAGUCACGGCAGCCGAGCCUGGCAGACAGAGCAGAUAUGCCCUACACGGAUGCAGUGCUUCAUGAGGUCCAGAGGAUAGGAAACAUUGUCCCUCUCAGCCUCCACAGAACAGCCGCCAAAGACAUCCAGAUCGGAAAGCACAUUAUUCCCAAGGGCACUGAGAUCAUUCCCAACCUGACCUCCGUCAUGUUUGAUAAGAGUGAAUGGGAAACGCCAGACACCUUCAAUCCACAGCACUUUCUGGAUAAAGAAGGGAAGUUUGUGAAGAGGACAGCGUUCAUUCCUUUUGGAGCAGGUAAACGAGUGUGUCUUGGGGAGAAUCUGGCUAAGAUGGAACUCUUCCUCUUCUUCACGUCCCUCCUGCAGAGAUUCAGCUUCUCUUUUCCUACUGGAGUGAUGCCCAGUAUGGAGUAUAGCCUGGGCGUUACUCUGAACCCUGCUCCUUACGAGAUCUGCGCCGUCCCACGCCAGCCAGAGCAUCACUGACAGAGGAAGACUGGGAAUGCUAUUCCUUUUAGCAACAGUUUUCAGAAAAUCAAAUGUGCACAAUUUUCUUUACAACCUAUUCUGCUGGUAGGCAGUCAUCAGUCCUAAUUACACUUCUGUGGCUUCAGGUGUUUUUAUUCUAAAUCUUAAAACUUUAAACAGUAAAGCUGGCCUUCUACAUUCUGCCCUAUUAAAACAAAACACAGAAUAAACCACUGUGUCUUUACAUGUAGAUACUAGAUACAGUAUCACAAAACAUGCAUCAUUAAAAUACCUAAUAUCUCCUUUAACCUCUACUGUCUUCUGAGCAUGUGAACUGUGACCGCUCCAAAUAUCCUCCACAAUAACUAGCUGACUGUUUAGUACUUUUGUCAUCGUCACUGACUUUUUUUUUUUUAGUGUAAUUAAGUUAUCUACUUUAGUAAAUUAUAGACAAAUCCUUCUUGAAGGGGCUAGAAAAACUUUUCACUAUGUUAUAUUUUUAGUCAUUUAGCAUUUUUGAAAACCAGUCAGUUUUAUUCAGAGACUGUAAAAAAAGAUGGACGUGGUGUCUCCGUUCCCAUUCAUUCAAUGAAAAUGAAGCCAAAAUCUUCCGCCAUGUUGGCGAUCCUGAAACCCGAGUCUGCGCAGUAGAGACCAGAGGAGGGAGAAAGACUGUGGAGAGACAGCCUACUCAUUUGAAUAGCCCCACCCCUAAGGGCUGCCUCGAGGUCACAGGCUGCAGAGCGGAGCGGAGCAGAGCUGACGGUCUGUUAAUUGUCCCGCCCAUAACCAGCCCUUUUACAAUAACCACACCUUUUUGAAUAGAGCUGAAUAACGUUUUAAAAAACGAAUUCUGUGGGGAUAUAAAAAAUUGACAAUAUAAGCAGAGGUUACACUAGCUGUUGUAUUUAAAUAAAGGAGGUAAAAUGACAGUAUAUUGGAAAAAAACGUGAUUGAAACCUAUGGGGAUGGGUGGAGUUACACAGCUUUCUGAAACCGAACAGCAGGGGGCGCCCGACCUGUGGUGUCUUCACUUUUGAGAGACGAUGCUCUGUCCAGCUAUAUACAGUCUAUGGUUUUAUUCAACUGCUCCAUAUUAUCCCAAUCACUCUAAUGAACUCCAACUCCCGAAAUAAUGGCCGCCACACAAAAUACUGACACUUAGGGUACAAUUUGGGUGUACUCACAUUAAUGUCUGUGUGUUAUUUUGAGGGAACAGCAAAUUUACACUGUUAUACAAGCUGUACACUGACUACAUUACACUGUAUCAAAGUGUUUAAUUAAAAUAUAUAAUAAAAUAUUGACAAAAAUGUGCUCA